GGCUCUCUCUUGCGGGGCGGGGCCGUUCCAGCCGCUCCCGGAGCGGACGUGACGCGCGGGGCGCUCCGGGGCCGCCCCGCAGCGAUGGAGGCGCGGGAGCCGCUGCGGGACGUGCGCGGGGCGCUGCGGGCGGUGCUGGCGCGGCUGCGAGAGGGAGAGCCGAGCGAGGGCCGAGAGCCGUUCGAGCUGCCGCGCUUCUGGGACGCGCUAGGUCAGACAUUCCAAGUAACAUCACAGGAAGCUACAAAGCUGAGUCUGGCAUUCUCAAGGCCUCCACUCCCUUCUGCAGAGAACUGCCGGAAGCUGAGUGAGGAUGUCCAAAAUGCCAUUCUUGCAGUUGCCACAGUGUACUACUGGCUACCCAAGGGCCAAGGUACUACUCUUCGGAAGAUGGUUCGAGAUGCUACCACUGAGGUGGUGGAAGGGAUGAUCCAACUCACAGACACAAUUCUCAAUGCCCCAGUGGAGAGCUUGUCUCAGGAACAGCUGAUAUCAACUGGAGGUGUGUGGGAGGCCUGUGAGCAAGUGUCUAAUCUGCCACGAGAUAACCAGGCAGCAGUUGUGUCGGCUCUGGCUGCAUCUCUAGGUGUGGUCAAGGAUGCUGUGGAGGAGAUGGAACAUGCACUGGUGGAAGGGCAGGACCCCUAUGGGGACAUCAUGGAAGAUGAAGAGCUGGGCUUUCGUGGCAACAGAGACACGUACUGGUCCGAGGCUGACCGGCAGCUGCUCAGCUCCUGCAUGGGGUUGAUGAAGGCUUCUAAAGCUUGCCUGAAGAAGGGCUUGGCUGCAGUGAAGGCCCAUGGCAAAGCUGAUUCCCCAGAGCACAUUGCACAGCUGGAUGACCUGGCAGACAUUGCUAAUGAGAUCAGCCCAAGUGUUGAUGAGCUGGCACUGAGCAUGUACCCACCUGUGAACCCGUUGGCUGUGCGACUUAACGCUGCUAAAUUGGCCUCAGUAUUAAAGAAAGUCUUAGAGAUUGCAAAGACAAGCCAUGUAUGUCCACCAUCAGAGGAAGGCUGGGUGCAGUUUCUAACUGGUGCAGUAGAUCACAACAUGAACAAAGUCAAGAACUUCACACAGGAUCAGCUUUAACUCCUCCAUGCCUACGUGUGUUGCUGCCACUGGCUCUGGCAUCUGCAUUUCCAGUGAACUUUGCUGUUCUUCAGCUCUUUGGAAAAUGAUAAGAACAAUGUAGGAGAGAACUUCACUGCUACUUGGAAAAACUUCUCCAGGAAGUUGCCCUUUGCCAUUUUGCUUGGAUUCUUGGGAUGAAUGCAGUGCUGCUUCUUAACGUGCCCCAUUCUUCAGACAUUACAAUGACUGUGGGGUUCAGAGAAAAAUAAAAUAUUGCUAGAUUUACA